CCUUCUGGUGCCACACGAAUGGUAUGAGAACUGAAAAUUUUUCGCUCAGUUGUGGUCGACUGUGCAUCGGACGUGAACGCGAUUCUUUGUGAGAUAUUUUAUUAGUAUUUGUAAGACGAAGAGGUUUACAAAUAUACGCAGUUUAUGCUCAUUUCGUGUAUGUGCUUGUGCGUUGACGACAUUUUCUUUGUCCACAAUCGAAACAUCUGUAAGUGGUGCUGACAGCAACAAGAAAAAGCGAGUGGAAGAGGAUGAAGCAACAUUCAGCGAAGGAUAAUUAACACAUGAGAAGAAAAGAAAAACAAGGCCGUUGCUAAAAUAUAAAGAAAAAUGUACGCCAACAGCGGCGGUGGUGGUGUCGCUAGAGUAACCUCUCCGGAUUCGGCUAUGGCCUCGGAUGUCUUCGACAAGUUCUGCAAUGCUGUCACGUUCAAAUCGAUUCUGAGCCUGUACCGGCAGCUGUGCGAUUUGCUUUGGCUGAAACCUACCCACUUCCCGCUUUUCUAUCCCAAACUCAAGGAAAAAUUACGUUCGUGGAAAGCCCAGGCGCUAUGGAGUAAAUUCGACAAACGGGCAUCUCAUCGGUGCUACAAUCGAGGAAGGCCAUGUUCCAACACACGGGUGCUGAUCAUUGGUGGCGGUCCGUGCGGUUUACGUACGGCCAUAGAAGCCCAGCUACUGGGCGCUAAAGUCGUUGUAGUGGAAAAAAGAGACCGGUUCUCCCGCAACAACGUCCUACAUCUCUGGCCUUUUGUUAUUCACGAUCUGAGGGCGCUCGGUGCUAAAAAGUUUUUUGGCAAGUUCUGCGCCGGAUCUAUUGAUCACAUCAGCAUUCGCCAAUUGCAGUGCAUUCUACUUAAGGUAGCUCUACUUCUAGGAGUCGAAAUUCAUGAAAAUGUGACUUUUGAUGGACUCGUUGAACCACCAGAAGAUCAAUCGAUAAAAAUAGGUUGGAAAGCUAAAAUUAGCCCGGCGGAUCAUCCAGUCUCGCAGUAUGAAUUUGACGUGCUCAUUGGCGCUGAUGGCAAAAGAAAUACGUUGGACGGAUUCAAACGCAAAGAAUUCCGCGGAAGAUUGGCCAUUGCCAUUACGGCUAAUUUGGUUAACAAGAAAUCGGAAGCGGAGGCACGUGUCGAAGAAAUUUCUGGUGUGGCCUUCAUUUUUAACCAAAAAUUCUUCAAAGAACUCAAUGCCGUCACUGGGAUCGAUUUGGAGAAUAUCGUCUAUUACAAAGACGAGACGCAUUACUUCGUCAUGACGGCCAAGAAGCAAUCGCUGCUCAACAAAGGAGUCAUCAUCAAGGACUUCCCGGACACAGUGAAACUAUUGUCCAUCGAGAAUGUCAACAAAGAGGCACUGAUGGAGUACGCUCGUCAAGCUGCUGAUUUUUCCACCAAUUACCAACUGCCUCAUUUGGAUUUUGCUGUCAAUCAUUACGGCCAGCCGGAUGUGGCUAUGUUUGAUUUCACGUCCAUGUUUGCGGCGGAAAAUGCUUCCAGGGUGCUAGAAAGACACGGACACAAAAUGCUAAUGUGCCUGGUCGGUGACAGUUUACUGGAGCCGUUCUGGCCUACAGGUUCAGGGUGCGCUCGUGGCUGGCUAAGCUCUUUUGACGCCUGCUGGGCCAUGCACUCUUGGUCGAGUGGUCGGAUGACUCCGCUUGAGGUCCUUGCCGAGCGCGAGUCCAUAUACCGCCUGCUGGCCCAGACCACGCCCGAGAACCUCAACAAAGAUUACAGUGCCUACACCGUUGAGCCUCAAACACGCUAUCCAAAUCUCAACACUCGAGCUUGUCUCGAUUUCCAGGUCAGAUCAUUCUAUGAUACUGAUAACCCCGCAGAACUUGAAAGACCUGUUAAGGCUCCCGUCGAGGAAGGAACCCGGAAACGAACCAAACGACCGGAUUCGUUUAUCCAUCCAGACACGUUAUUGCUCUGGCUUAAAAAGCAGAUUGCGCUCUACGAUAUCACGAUUACGGAUGUGACUACUUCAUUUCAAGAUGGUCUUGCUCUCUGCGCGAUUAUUCACAGAUACCGUCCCGAUUUACUGGACUUUGCCUCUCUUGAUCCAGCUAAUGUUGCCGUUAAUAACCAGCUGGCUUUCGACAUCCUUGAAGAACUCGGCUUGCCUCCUGUGACUACUGGUUACGAAAUGGCUCAGUUAGCCGUCCCUGAUAAACUGGCCAUGCUCUCUUAUCUGACACAGGUGCACGAAUUGUUCCGUGGUGAAAUUCCUUGCGUCAAACAGCCUAAGCGGGAGCUGACCGAAUCUGAAGAGGACAUUUUGGGAGCUACCUCGCAGAAACGACCGGUUACUAUAUGCUCGGCUGGCCAAUAUCAACGUGCUGCGGCGCAAAACAAAACGUCGUCCCGGUUGUCGACGACCAACAAGCGCAAAACGUUGGAACGGGUAGUGGCGGCGGAAGCAUCCAGCACGCUCAACCGAACCGGAGGUGACCGCAACAAAGCUGACAUGUCAUUGCGCAAAGCCCGCAAGCGUCGCAGUACUGACCGUUCCUUGCACGGUACCAUAGAACGCGGUCAAGUGCAGCAAGAGAUAGCCGCAAACCGGUUGGACCGAAAACAGCGGGCGGCUGCUUUCCUGCGUCUCCGAUUCGAUAGAAGUAUGCAGAUGUUGCAAGCCGGUGGCGAUCCGGGCGAAGAAGGCGGAUUCAGCAAGGCCACAGAAAGACAGAUGAAGGCUGAUCGCGACCUGCAGGAUAUUUCUUUAUUCAUUUAUCGUCUCGAGUCGGAUUUUGAGGAUAAGAGGUGCCGACUGGAAAAGAUGCUGUCCGGUUUCAACCCUAUCGAUCGAACUGGCAAACCAGGAGCUCGUGGAGGUGGCGCAUCAGAAGGCAGCGAAUCGCUGAGCAAUAAAGUCCGUGAUUUGGAAGCCAAGCUGAGAGGCAACCGUCCAACUGACAAGAAACCGAAAGAUCUAAUCCGAGCCAUAGGAAAAUUGGAUAAGAACGACUGGCAACUCUCGGCUUUAGAAAAGAAGAUUGAGGAGAAUCAAACACCUGGCGGGUUGAAAGAUCCACACGAUAACAAAGUUCCCAAAUGGAAUAGGGAUGCGUUCACCGAUAAGUUUGAAGCGAUCAAUCGACGUAUCCACGGCUUACCCGUUGAAGCCAUCAAUGAAAAGCACAGCAAUUUGGAGCGCAAUAUGAAACAGCUGGAUAGGAAGCUAAAAGAAGGCAGUGUGUUAGACACGGGCCAUCGAGGCAGCAAUAAGGUUUCUGCCAUGGCCCAGCAGCUGUCUAAAAAAGUGCCGGAAGUGUCCAGUAUGAACGAUCAGGCUGAGUCAUUCAGGCCAAAACCGGUGCUCAAUCUUCCUCAACAAGGAGGCUCCGAGACGUGCCACUUCUGUGGAAAACGCGUCUAUCUGAUGGAACGCAUGAGUGCAGAAGGCCGCUUCUUCCAUCGCGGAUGUUUCCGGUGCGAGUACUGUGCCACCACUUUACGACUUGGAGGCUACGCUUUCGUCCGAGACGACCUCCUCGGCGGAGUCUUUUUCUGUAUGCCACACGUGUCCAUGUUGUACUAUAUGCGCAAUAAACUCCUCAUCGGACGCAAUGGUGAGACUUGCGUUGAUGGACAAAUGGAAAGAAGAAUAGCUCAGCCCGUCGCAGCCCAACCAACCAGUCAACAUCUCACUGCCGAUAAACCAAUUGUAUUUGAACCGCUGAAGAGCCCUCUAGUCCAGGCUGCUGUCCAGGCUACCGAUGUCGACUUCCGCCGAGAUGGCACACCGGAAAGAGUUGAAUUUGAAAAUUCUAUUGCCGACGAGGCCGCUAAAGAUGAACAACUAAGCGAGAUUGAUGAAGACGAAUGGACAGACCACAAUUUUGGCAAUUCUAUCCAUUCUGGCACGGAAGACGAAGCAUCUUCUUUGGACGAUUCGAGUUCCGACGAAGAGGAAGAUGGAGAAGGAGCUGAAAACCUCAUGGAACUUGAUCGACCUUUGACUGCAGAUGAGACACGAAGAUUAGCUGAAACAUGGAAAAAACGCCAUUUGGCUGAAGCGACAGAUCGUACCCAACACGAAUAUCGUGAAUCACCUCAUGAGAGCAUCCCGGAAAACGAAGAAGAAGAUAAUGUUCGAAUUGAUGUACCAGCUUUUCCACUUCCAUCCGAACCAUGUUAUAAGAAAUCCAGUGAAGAAGCAACCAGUUCCGGCACAGAGAUGGCUUCCGAAGAUGAACCGGAAUUGGAAGACGAAGAAGACGAGGAAGAAUAUGAUGAAGAGAGCGAAUACGAGAGUGGUGAAGAGGAAGAAGAAGACGAUGAUGACGAAGAUGAGGAAGACGAAGAAGAUGAGGACGAGGAAGACGCACGAGAUUCUGCCACGGAAAUCGAAACAGAUUCAGAAUUUGAUCAAAAUAGCAAUGCUGACGUAAGAUUAGGACCUCAGGGAAUUCCUACCAUCGUUGUCAACGAAUCGGAAGCUGAACAGUUAAAGAAGAGCACAGACCAGCUGGCUAAUGGUAACGGAAUGGACAGCCAUCACGUAUCGGAUGGUGAGGCGGAACCAUUGAUCCCAACGCAACCCACACAAUCGAAUGGCAAUCCCAAACCGAGUUACGUUGAACAAUACAUAUCGCUGGAGAAUGCUCGACCACUCCAGCGAACGCUAUCGCACGAUGACAGCAGAAAAAUCGUAGAUCCACCGACGACUCCCAGUCGUUCAGGCGUCUUGGCUUAUCUGCGUCGUCAUGAGGAACUAGAAAGAUCACCUUCGGCAACUGAUAUGAUGGCGUCAAAGAACUCGUUGGAACUCAAGAAAAAGUAUUUGGAUUACGGAGGUUCUACCGGCUCGUUGGUGCAAAAGUCUGCAUCGGCUGCUGAUUUAGAUAGCAGAUUAAGAAGCGUAACCGAUACCAUUUCGGAAGCUCAAAAGAAGCUUAAUCCUGCCCCACAGCCGAGCGUUCCCAUGCAGGUAUUUUUACAGAACACGGCCAACAUUUUCCACCCGAAACCGCAUCAGUUGCCAAGUGUUUUGCCCGUCAAAAAUGAUGAACCUACCCCACCGGUUCUCAACAUUGAAAAAGAAAUUUCGCCCAAGGAAUUAGAUGAUUCCGAAGAGCCUGCAACUCCGACCAACUGUGAAGAACCUGCGUCUGAAGCGAUAGCCGUUGAUUCCACCGAGGUCAUGCCAAUGAUAUCGAGUGAUAGCGGUUCUUCUCAGACGAACGAAAACAUUGCUGACGAAGCUACGAGCAGUGAAUCAGAUUCAGAGGAACCCAAAGCAGAAUCCAAUAUCGAUGCAAGUUCCGGUUUUGAUACGGAUUCCGAGCCGGAUUCAUCUGAAGCACCGUACGAAGCACUGAAUCACUACGUCACUUUGCCUAGUGUCGUCGUUGAAGAGGACGAAGAACCUGCCGUUCUGGUAUUGCAAAACGAGGUGGCAGUACCGUUAUCCGAAUCCGACGAGGAAUCGCCAGCCCAGCCACCUCAUCCGCAACUGGCAAUGCAAGAAAAUUUCGAUUUGAGCCCAUCAAGCGAAAAAGUUGAUCUACCUGAAAAACUUUCGACCGUUUUAACGCGAGCGCUUUCCAAAGAGUCCGUCGACUCGUCAAAAUUCGCCUUGUCAGAGGCGGAAUUCUCCGACUGGGCCGACAGUAGUUUGCGUGGUGAUUUGGAUGCCGAGCUCAACAUGAAUCCAGAGGGUGUCAAACAAAUGGCCACCAAAGGAACCUACUAAAAU